AAAAAUUUUGCCAGGAGAAAGGCCGCGAGAAAUUGAAACAUCCGCCCGAGCUCGUUGUCUGGCAAUGGCAUGCCAGCGUUUGUUACCCAGAUUUUUAUUAUUUUUUUAAAAAAAGAAAAGAUUUAACCAGAGAGAGAAACACAUUCAUUCAUUAUUUGUAUUUACAGAUAGACAGAGAGAGAAUAAGAGAGAGAGAGAGAAUCUGUGUCUUGGUAUAAUCCGCCUUAUUCUCCGAUAUAGUUUGUUUUUAUUUAUUUAUUUUUUUAUUAUGGGGGAGUAGAGGAGGAACUGCUGCUUGUUUGAUCCAAAAACCUGUCAACCUCAAACCUCUCUCUCUGUCUCUGUCUUUGUUUUUCACUUGUGUUCUCACGUAUUAUUGCAAAAUUUUGAUUUGCUUUGUUGGGUUGAUGCUGUAUACGUAGAAACAUUAAGUAAAAUUUGUUAAGACUGAGAGAGAGAGAAGAGAAGAGAAGAAAUAUAAGGGUUUCAGCUUUGGAUUGUAAGAAUGAAUUCAAAUUUGGCUGCUUCUUCUUCUCGACGCAUGACUAAGGAUAAACCCAGGAGGCUCUAUCAGGUCUGGAAGGGAAGCAAUAGAUUUCUUUUUGGUGGGAGAUUGAUAUUUGGUCCUGAUGUGGCUUCAAUGUUCCUGUCUACACUUCUUAUUGCUGUUCCUGCAGUUGCUUUUUGUAUGAAAACCUACUUCAAGAUUGUGGAUGAAGAUACUGAACAUCCUGACCAUUGGUAUCCUGUGUUAAUUGUGGGCUCAAUCUUUACUAUAUUAGAUUUAGUCUUUCUCUUCUUGACCUCUAGUCGAGAUCCCGGAAUAGUCUGUAGAAAUUCACGGCCUCCUGAAUCAGAUGAAGCAUUUGAUGCAGCUACUCCUUCUAUGGAAUGGGUCAAUGGCAGAACCCCUCAUUUAAAACUACCCCGGACAAAAGAUGUUAUGGUAAAUGGCCAUACAGUGAAAGUUAAGUACUGCGAUACUUGUUUGCUUUAUCGUCCUCCUCGUGCUUCUCAUUGUUCGAUCUGCAACAACUGCAUUCAGAGAUUUGAUCAUCACUGUCCAUGGGUUGGUCAGUGCAUCGGAGUACGCAACUAUCGAUUCUUCUUCAUGUUUAUAUCAACAGCAACCAUCUUGUGCAUGUGUGUCUUUGUAUUUUCUUGGAUUCAUAUCCUCAGUAGAAAGGAGCACCUUUGGAAAGCCAUAUCUCAAGAAAUCCUUUGUGAUUUUCUCAUAGUAUACUGCUUUGUAGCUGUCUGGUUUGUUGGUGGCCUUACAAUUUUUCACUCCUAUCUUGUUUGCACAAACCAGACCACUUACGAGAAUUUUCGCUACCGAUAUGACAAGAAGGAGAAUCCAUAUAAUAGGGGAAUGGUAAGAAAUAUUACAGAAAUAUUUUUCACCAAGAUUCCACCUUCAAUGAAUAAAUUCCGUUCCUUUGUGGAGGAAGAUGAACAGAUGGUAGCUGGAUCAGUUGUGCCACACCUGGGGGAUGGUUUCAUUAGCUCAAAAGAGAAAAUCGACAUUGAAAUGGGAACUAAGCUUGCAGAAGAUAAUAAUUAUUCCCUUCCAGAAAUUUUGCGAAAUUUGGAUUAUGAUGAUGAUUCAGACGAUAAUUACAAGACGAAGGAAGAAGAAGGCAGGCCAUCUUUUGACCAAUUCUUUCCUGGUGGGCAAGAAUUGAAAGAAUCGUUGCAAAUCUCUGUCACUAGAGAUGAAUUGAAAGAGUCCGUUCAAGGUUCAGUUGUUGGGGAUGGUGCUAAAAAAUCUGCACUAAGCUCAAGCAAAUCUGUGGAAGGUUCUACUGCUAGUGAUGAAGUGAGAGAGUCAACCCAAAGAUCUAAUGCUGAAGCUGAAGUAAGUGAAUCUCCUCAAAAAUCUAAUUCUGAAAAUGAAGUAAGAUAUUCUGCGCAAAGAUAUAAUCCUGAAGUUGAAGUGAGAGAAUCUGCACAAAGUCCUACUGUUGAAGAAGGGCCUAGAUAUGCUAUCAAGGGUUCUACUGCUGGAGAUGAGACUCACUCAGCAGAGGGAAUUUAAUGACAGAACCAAUUCUUGAAGUAUAGAGGUUUUGCUACUAAAAGUCUCCCCUUUCGUGAGGUAUAAGUUGAUUUUCUCAGCAGCAUGCAUCAGUCACUUCAAAGGGCUAUAAAUUGGCUUUCUGAUGGUUGAAUGCUACAUCGGUGGAUGUUGCUUCCUUUUUUAUGGGAGGAACUAGAUUUGGAUAAAAAACUUUGAUCUGUUCAGUGCAAUUUGGAUUCUGGUUGUUGCAAGUUGUAAAUCUGUACUGCAGAAACCCACAAGGAACUUGACAUUGUCUGUAUAGGGUAAAAUGGUUUGAGAUAUGGUUGAUAGGAUUGUGUUCCAUUUCUGUAUGAAUAGGUGUGCAUUUGAAAUGAGCAAAGAUUUAAAUGUCUUAAUUGAAAAAAAAUCAUUAAAUUUUAACACGAUAUCGAAUUUAAAUUUUUCGUCAUUUGAAAUU